GCCACCGCCGCCGCCGCUCUCGCCUUCGCUGCCUCCUCCCCCCGAGAGGUCCCUUGGAAGAGCCUGUCCAUACGUCCAUCUGCGUGCCUGACGCUGCCUUGUUUCCAGAUCUGAACCAUGUCCCACCCAUCCUGGCUGCCACCCAAGAGUACUAAUGAGCCUGUUGGUCACAUUACUGCAAGGAUGGAGACCACACACACCUUUGGGACUCCCAGCAUCUCUGUGUCCACCCAGCAGACGCCAAAGAAGUUUGCACCGGUUGUUGCCCCCAAGCCAAAGUACAACCCAUACAAGCAACCAGGAGGUGAUGGGGACUUUCUUCCUCCACCCCCACCUCCUGUGGAUGACCUUGGGAACAUCACAUCAUCACAAGGUGCCUUUCCCCCUCCACCUGCUCUGGAUGAUGUUACUUUCAACGUGCAGCAAGUGAAUCCUGGCGGCAAGACACUUGAGGAGAGGCGGUCCAGUCUAGAUGCAGAAAUCGACUCUCUGACCAGCAUCCUGGCUGACCUAGAGAGCAGCUCUCCUUACAAACCUCGGACUCAACAGGGUUCUGGGACCUUGAGCAGCUCUGCCACCACCACCCCAUCUGUGUCCACGCCUGUCACUGGCCACAAGCGGAUGAUCAUCCCUAACCAGCCUCCCCUCACUGCCACCAAGAAGUCCACCACCAAGGGUGCGGGGCAGCCGGCGCCCAUCCCAGUCACUCCUGUUGGGACCCUGAAGCCGCAGCCGGUGCCAGCCUCCUACACUACAGCAUCCACCCCCAGCCGCCCGGCUUUCAACGUGCAGGUGAGGACGGCACAGCCCAGCCCGCACUACCAGCUGCCCGGCCCGCAGCCCACGCACUAUGGCAGCCUCGGGCCCAGCCAGCCCUAUGCUCCCUUGCCAGCUCGCCCGCCCGGCGCCCCGCAGUAUGGCCCUCCACAGACCCACGGGCCUGACUAUGGCUAUGCCCCACCACCCGCCCGGCCCUCGGAGCCCACCUAUGGCUAUGCACCUCCGCAAGGCCGCUACCAGAACCCCUACUAUGAGGGGUACGGGGGCAGGAACGGUUCUGAAGCACCCUAUGUACCACAAAGCUCCUGGAAGGCUGAGCCGGCGUAUCCCACUAGUAACACCAUGGGCCAGGCUCCUCCUGGGCUCUACCAGCCAUCUGGCAUGAAGAAGACCUACAUCACUGAGCCAGUGCUGGCCCCGCAGCCACCAUCACUGCAGCAAAAGAGCGGGUAUCCUGGCACUGGACCUGCAUCAAGCUCUUCUGCCUUCAGGCCUGAGGAUGAAUUGGAACAUCUGACCAAGAAAAUGCUGUAUGACAUGGAGAAUCCUCCUUCUGAUGAUUACUUUGGCCGCUGUGCCCGCUGCGGGGAGAAUGUUGUUGGGGAAGGCACUGGCUGCACAGCCAUGGACCAGGUCUUCCAUGUGGAGUGCUUCACCUGCAUGAUGUGCAACAACAAGCUGAGGGGACAGCCUUUCUACGCAGUGGAGAAGAAGGCUUACUGCGAACCCUGCUAUAUUAACACACUGGAGCAAUGCAGCGUCUGCGCAAAGCCCAUCAUGGAAAGGAUCCUCCGAGCCACGGGGAAGGCCUACCAUCCCCACUGCUUCACCUGCGUGAUGUGCCAUCGCAGCCUGGACGGCAUCCCCUUCACUGUGGAUGCCGGUGGGAACAUCCACUGCAUCGAGGAUUUCCAUAAGAAAUUUGCCCCAAGGUGUUCUGUGUGUAAGGAGCCCAUCAUGCCAGCCCCAGGACAAGAGGAGACUGUACGCAUUGUUGCCUUGGAUCGUGACUUCCAUGUGCAGUGCUACCGAUGUGAGGACUGUGGUGGCCUUCUGUCUGAAGGGGACAAUCAGGGCUGUUAUCCUCUGGAUGGGCACAUCCUUUGCAAGACCUGCAACUCUGCUCGGAUCCAGGCUCUGACUGCGAAGGCCAGCACUGAUCUCUGAGUAUCAACUGUGACCCUCCCCAGGAUGCUUGCUGGGGCAUAUUGCACAAGCUUUGCAUGAUUUCUUUCCAUUCUAGGGUCUGAAUCUCUGUUUGAAAAAAAAAAAUUGAAAAAAAAAA